AAUGUUUAUUUCACCGGGCCAUAAGUAUGUGAAAUGAACUACUAGAGUUAUUUGUCAGCGAUUAGCCUUCAUUUAAGGACUGCUGAGAGUUUUGAAUCCCAAUAUGAGGAUACGAAUAGCUCCAGAGCUUAUCUACUUCGUGUGUGUAUUUGGUAGUAGAGUUUUAUCGUUCAAAGAUCAGUGUUUCUGUCAGUUGAAAGGGAAAGUUGAAGAAUGUUGUUGUGACAUAGAAACAGUGGACAAAAUUAACAAAGAUAUUUAUCCUAUCAUCAAUGAAAUUGUACAAAGAAAUUAUUUCAAAUUCUUCAGGGUAAAGCUAGACAGACCAUGCCCAUUCUGGGCCAGUGAUGGGCAAUGCACAAUGAAACAUUGUAGCGUGUCUCCAUGCAAAGAGGACGACAUUCCUGAAGGAGUGAAGUCUGAGUCCAAGCGACAUCAAAGUAGAAGUUCUAAGAGUUUUAGUAAAUACAGUAAAUCAAGAAAUUCACAUACUAAAUUAAAGGGAGAAAAAGAAAAUGAAAGAUGCUCUGAACCAGAUAACACAACUCUUGGCAACAUUGACAACACAAUAAGUUACCAAGAUAAACUUGCUCUGGAGUCAUGGGAUGAGCAUGAUGAAGAUGAAGAAGAAUUCUGUCAACUGGAUGAUGAAUCAACAGAAGGAAUGGCUUAUGUAGAUCUUCUAAGGAACCCAGAGAGAUAUACUGGCUACAAAGGUCCUUCUGCCCAUAGAAUAUGGAAUAGUAUUUAUCAAGAAAACUGUUUUAAGCCAGAAAAACCUAAAGGAAAAGGCUACAGAAAACUCAUGACAAAGAAUUUUGAUAGUAUGUGUCUUGAAAAAAGAGUGUUUUACAGAGCUAUAUCAGGACUACAUGCAAGCAUUAAUAUCCAUUUAUCAGCACUUUAUUUAUUUCCAGGAGUUGGAUUACAGAAGCCCCAAUGGGGAAUGAACUUAGAAGAGUUUACAAAGAGGUUCAGCUCUGAACUUACUGAUGAUCGAGGUCCAGUUUGGCUCAAGAAUCUAUAUUUCACCUAUACUAUGGUACUUAGGGCAGUAACAAAAGCCGCCUCGUUCUGGGAAUCCGAACAGUUUUAUACCGGCGACUAUGAAGAAGAUGAAUACGUGCACGAAUUGGUGCAGAAACUAAUUGCGCACUCUAGGACUUGUCCCAGUACGUUUGAUGAAAAGGUCAUGUUUAAAAACCCAGCAACUGCUAAAAUCCUCAAGGAGGAAUUCAGGCAGCAUUUCUUAAAUGUAUCUCGUAUAAUGGACUGCGUUGGUUGUGAAAAAUGUAGACUUUGGGGAAAACUACAGACACAAGGUCUUGGUACCGCCUUGAAAAUCCUGUUUUCUGGACAUGAAUUUGAAGGAGACAAUGUUUUAAAAUCACAAAGUUUUAACCUAAAGAGAACUGAAAUCGUUUCUUUAUUUAAUGGGUUUGCAAGGUUAUCAAGCAGUAUUAACUACUUGACGAAGUUCAAGAAUAUGGACCACGGGCAUCAAUCUCAAACUGAAAAAUCUUCAGUAGGUGGUGCUUAGACAUGAUCCUCAGACGUAAAGUGGCGCGCGUAAGACAUCAUUUUGUGCUCGCGUGCUCAACAUCUUCAGGAAGUUUUCUCUUUCAUGCCUUCUAAUGCACUUCAACACCUUCGCCUUCAGCAGUUUUAUGGAAAAUAACAUUGAGAAACAUUUCAUCGCACGCGCGAAAUUGUCAAUUUGUCGUCAAAGCAAAAUAAUAGGAUUUUUGGUGGAAGACAAUCAAUAUUGUUUCCACGACAUUGUUGGAAAAUACAAAGUUUUCAAGAGCACGUACCUAUGGAAUGCCUUGGAAACGCCUUGAUUGACGUCCAUCAAAACCUACGAUUCCGCGCGCCGAUUUUUAAAACGACUUUUUAAAAUCUUCGAAACUUCAAACUUCUCCUCUGCAAUACAAGCACACAACUACGACGCAGACAAGAAAAUUAAAAAUUGUACAUAAAAGAAUAAUAAUUAAUAAUUCUGAACGGCAUGGAAAUAAAAAAAUACCAUGAUU